AUGUUGCGUCGCAAACCUUCCAACGCCAGUGACAAGGAGCCCACUCAGAAGAAAAAGCUCUCACUUCAGCGCUCUAGCAGCUUCAAGGAUUUUGCCAAAUCCAAGCCCAGCUCCCCUGUUGUGAGCGAGAAGGAAUUUAACCUGGAUGAUAAUAUUCCAGAAGAUGACUCAGGUGUUCUUACCCCAGAGGAUUCUGGGAAGAGUGGCAAAAAGUUGGGAAAGAAGUGGAGGGCCGUCAUUUCCCGAACCAUGAAUAGGAAGAUGGGCAAGAUGAUGGUGAAGGCCCUGUCAGAGGAGAUGGGAGACACACUGGAGGAGGGUUCAGCCUCCCCAACAUCUCCAGACUGCAGCCUGGACAGCCCUGGACCAGAGAAGAUGGGCUUAGCCUUUUCUGAGCAAGAGGAGCGCGAACUGCCAGCACUCAGCCGCCAGACAUCCACAGGCAGUGAACUCUGUAGUCCUGGCCCAGGCUCUGGAAGCUUCAUGGAGGAGUCACCUGCUCCCCCGUACAUGGGGCCUUUCUGUGGGCGUGCUCGAGUCCACACUGACUUCACUCCCAGUCCUUAUGACCACGACUCACUGAAACUGCAGAAAGGAGAUGUGAUCCAGAUCAUAGUAAAGCCGCCUGUGGGCACAUGGCUGGGCCUUCUCAACGGCAAGCUGGGCUCUUUCAAAUUCAUCUAUGUGGACGUGCUGCCUGAGGAGGCUGUGGGGCCUGUGCGCCCCAGCCGCCGACAGAGCAAAGGCAAGAGGCCCAAGCCCAAGACUCUGCAUGAACUGCUGGAGCGCAUUGGCCUGGAGGAGCACACAUCGACCCUGCUGCUCAAUGGCUACCAGACACUGGAAGACUUCAAAGAACUGCGGGAGACACACCUCAAUGAGUUGAACAUCGUGGACCCAUAGCACCGGGCAAAGCUGCUCACAGCUGCAGAGCUGCUGCUGGACUAUGACACAGCUGGCAGUGAAGAGGCCGAAGAAGGUGCUGAGAGCAGCCAGGAGCCCGUGUUGCAUACAGUGUCGGAACCCAAGGUGAACAUCCCACGUGACUCUGGCUGCUUUGAGGGCUCAGAGAGUGGGCGUGAUGAGGUAGAGCUGACCAGCACAGAGGAGCAGCUGCAGGGUCUCUCCCUGGCCGGGGCACCUUGGAGUGAAGAUGGCAAAGGCCAAGGCUGA